GAGAUUGCAAUGGCGGGCCCACUCUUGUGGCAAAACUUCAAGGUAUUCGUCACCCGCUACCCGAUAAUGCGCGGCAUGAUAUCGUACAGCCUGAUCUGGCCCACGGGCAGCCUUAUCCAGCAAACGGUUGAGGGAAGGCGCUGGGGCACCUACGACUGGUGGCGCGUAUUGCGGUUCAGCAUGUACGGCGGCCUGUUCGUUGCUCCUACACUCUAUGGAUGGGUUAAGAUUUCCAGCGCCAUGUGGCCUCAGACAUCUUUGAGGACGGGCGUCAUCAAGGCGGCGGUGGAGACGAUCUCGUACACCCCCGGCGCGAUGACCUGCUUCUACUUUAUCAUGAGCCUCCUAGAGUCCAAGACGGUGGAGGAGGCGGUCGCCGAGGUGGGCAAGAAAUUCCUGCCCACGUACAAGGUGGCUCUAUGUGUGUGGCCACUGGUGGCCACCAUCAACUUUAGUCUGAUACCCGAGCGGAACCGGGUGCCUUUCAUCAGCGCGUGCAGCCUGUGCUGGACCUGCUUCUUGGCCUACAUGAAGCACCUGGAGCACCACGAGGUGGACGGAGCCAUUUGAUGGUCAUGGUUGUAUUUCAUAAACAGCAUUAAAUAAAAUAGUAGAUCGUAAAAUAAUUGGAAUAAAUUAAAAU